AUGGUAACUGAGGCUACAACUGUCUACAUCCACAAUAUUUACGCUCUUGUGAAUGCGUCGGAGCGUUCCCACUUUUACCGAUCUCUACCUACCGAAUUUGAUCAAAAUUCCCAUCACUUGGUUCUCGGUGACCUUAAUGUGGCGAUCGAUCCUUUUCUGGACUUCCGUGGGGUGACCAGCGCGUCCGAUACAUCUCGGGGAUAUCUCCUUAGUUGGCUGUCAACGCUACACGUCACGGACGCGUGGCGUCUUCGGUUUCCGUGCCGGCUGAUAACUGGGUUGACUCAAGGUUUAAAGAAGCGAGGUAUUUUCAGGCACCACAUAGCGGGGAUCAUCUCGCUCUCUGGGUGA